GUCUGUGGUAAAUAUUAAAGACAAUCAAUAAUGCCUUCAGGUGGUAUGCAAAAAACAGUUUGAAAAUAAUGCGUGCCGAAAUAUUUAUCAUAAUGUCAGUGGCAUUCAUCACAAUGCUUCACUUUGUUGACGCAGGUGCGUACGGUCCUUGUUUGACUGGUAAGUGUUAUGUUUUUGUUUCCUACUCAGAUCAAACUAUAUCUGGAAUUAAUAGUACUAACCAAAACAUUAUGUUUCUUCUCUCUACAGACACAGAGAUUACUGAGACAGUAACAACUACAGCAAGGACAACAGUUGAUACACAAACAACAGUAGAUACAAAAACAACGGAUGUCACAAAGGAAACCGAAGAAGUGAUUGAAAUAUUAGUCGUUUGAACUACAACGUAAAAUUUAAGAUAAUUGUAAGUUGGUUGAAAUGUAUAAUGUUGCACAAAAAUAUAUCUCAGUGUUCUUCAAGUCGAUUCUUCAUUUGGAUAUCACAUGUUUUUCAACAAUUUUGUACAUGAUGAUUACACAAUAAAAUGCAAAUAUUAUUUC